AUGGACGACAACAGCCGCCGAAGGAGGCAGAAUGAACCGCCGUAUUCAGGAUCAGAUCCAAGAUUCAAUGCAGAGAGUCAAGGGCGCGGGUUCUCCACUUCCUCAUCGGAGAGGUAUCGCCCGGCACCUUUAGCUACUUCACCAUCUGCAGCUCGAGGGGCGGGAGGUGCAACAGCAUAUCCUGGGUACUACCAAGAACAAUCUUCUUCAUUUCCUGCACCACUACCUUCGAAUCCUAUGCAGUACCAACCCGGCUAUGCGCAAGACCAGAGACAACAGCAAGGUUUUUCGAGUUACAAUCCAGACCUCAUGUACAAUGUUGCACAACAAGGUCCGCAAAAUACCGUUUACGAUUCCACUCCGCAAUUUCAGGCACGGCAGCCUGCAACCAUGCAGAUGCUGUCAGACGUUGCAGCUCCCUACUUCCCCAACGAACCUACAAGCGCACCUGGCCCUCCUGGUCUACAACACCAUGCAUCUUCGGGAUCUUCUUACCAACAACACCAACCAAGUCCCGCAGACCGCACGCCCCUUCUGCAACAAGGUUAUGCUGGCGCUAUGGGACUUGGUGGAAUGCCUCAACCUGCUCCAGAAAUUAUGGAAGAAGAGGAAUAUCAGGCCCAAGGCCCGGGGAUGGAGGCUGCAUAUACUGCAUAUCAGACAGCCCUGAAGGAAAUUUUUCAAAAUAUUAUAAAUGGGCGCCUUACGGAUGCCAGUUCAUCCUUGCUCGAGGUCUCGGAAUGGCUAUUAGGGCAUGUUGGAGAUUUGGACGAAGUUACGCUUCACGCCGAUCGAAUUCGCCUCUGGGGAGAGUUCAACACGGCAUGGCUCAGCAUUUUCCAAAAACAAAAAGAUAUGUUGGAAUCUGGUCAGCGAAUACAACCACCUCAAACCCUCAUGAGCCAGGAUUUCAUUAGCAAAAUGGCAAAAGACCUGAUUAGGAUGUGUGAUGCGGUGGAGAAGCACGGUCUUGUCGAUUAUCAGUACGGGGUCGCGGAGGAACAAAUAAUAAUGAUUCUUACCGAAUGCCUCGAUCUUCAAGAGUCUAUAGAGGGCGGCGGGCCUGUCCACGCUGGCAUGGGCCGGGCACCGCCUUGA